AUGGGCGACCACAGAUUAAAUACUGGUAUUACCUUCAACAAUGAUAAUGCCCGCUUGGAGAACUGCAGCGUUUCAAGCUUCUGUAAUCACACGAAUUAUGCAGAUCGGCAUUCUCCCAAAGGGCAUGGACAUCACGGAGGAGGUCUCCAUGUUGCAGCUCUUGCUUACGAGGAGGUUCGGGAUCCACUGAUCUUUACCAUUGUCGUACUUUUGACAGGAAUUAGCAAGAUAGGAUAUCAUCAUGCCAAUAUCCUGUCCAGCAGGGUACCAGAGUCAUGCAUCUUGAUUAUUCUUGGGACUGCUUUUGGUGCAGUGUUUCAUGUUACUGGAAUUUCUGAGAGCCUACCAGAAUUUUUCAAGCCUCAUGAGUUUUUCAUGUUCUUGUUACCACCGAUCAUCUUGGAAGCUGCAUUUAGUUUGCAUGACAGGACUUUCACAGAAAACAUUGGCAGCAUCUUGUUGUUUGCAGUGUUGGGGACUAUAUUGGCCUGUGUCUUGUUAGGUGGUACGCUGUAUGGACUGGCAAAAUGUGGGGCAAUGGGGGAGAUCACUCAGUUGAGUUUUAUGGAGAUCAUGGUAUUCUCCUCCUUAAUUGUGGCUGUGGAUCCUGUAGCUGUCCUGGCCGUAUUCAACGAAAUUGGUGUCAACCAUGUGCUUUACUUCCUUGUAUUUGGAGAAUCACUGCUUAAUGAUGGUGUCACUGUGGUGUUGUACAAAGUUUUCCAAGCUUACAAUAUCAUGGAUGAAGUCGGCUCUGCAGAUGUAUGUUUUCUUUGUCUAAUCAAGUUCUUUGUUGUUUGCUUGGGUGGAUUACUGCUGGGUGUGGCAUCAGGACUAGCUACUGCAAUUCUCACAAAAUUUUCUUCUCAUGUUAAAGUGGCUCAGCCAAUUAUUAUAUUCACAAUGGCUUACUUUGGAUUUCUCCUGGCUGAAUUAUUUGAGUUCUCAGGGAUCAUUAGCAUCAUUGGCUGUGGACUGACACAGAUGCACUAUGCCUUCCAUAACAUCAGUGAUAAAUCCAGAACUACCAUCAUGUACUUUACUAAAGUCAUCAGUUCAGCCAACGAAAUCAUCAUCUUCUUGUUUCUGGGCUUGUCUCUGGUCAAUGACGAUCAUGAUUGGCACACAGGGUUUACAUUGUGGACGAUAUUCUUUUGUUUAGUCUACAGAUUCAUCAUAAUUUUUGGAAUGUCCUACGCCAUAAAUUGGUUGGAUAUUUACAGAGUAAGGAAGAUCAGUCUACAUGAACAGUUUAUGAUUGCAUAUGGAGGACUUAGAGGUGCGGUCUGUUUCUCACUGGUGGCCUUGCUGAAUCCCCAUGACCUGCCUACCAAAGACAUGUUUGUGACGACAACCUUGGCUGUCAUUGUGUUUACAGUCUUUGUUCAGGGCAUAACCAUCAAGCCCCUGGUAUACCUUCUUCAGAUCAGUCUGGCCCCAGAGAGGUCCCCCACCAUGUACAAGGAGCUCAACUCACACGUGACAGACCACUUGAUGGCUGGGAUUGAGGACAUUAUUGGUGAUCAUGGUCGAAACCACCUGAGGGAAAGAAUAGAUUAUAUUGAUGGAAAAUACCUCAAGCCACUUCUGCAGCUAGCUCCAGAUCCAGGGGACACCACUCUCAAGGCUUUUUACGAGAACUUGCUUCUAAAGGAACAUUACAACUACCUGAAGCUGAGUGGGGCCAAGACACCAGGAGAUGCCCCAGAACUGCCUCGGAUGAAUACUGAAGGGUUCUUGUCCGGCUUGGCAAGUGGAGUCACCAGCGUCAAACUGCAGCCCGACAAAGACGUCACAGAUGCAGAGCCACCCUCGCCUGAUGGUCGCCAUAGGAACCGUAGUUACUCUGUGGGAACUGACAUAGAUGCAAAAGGUCUUCGGAGCUUGUUACUGUCACAGAAAAAUAGCAGAAUGGCCCUGUCCAAGUAUGACAGAAAUUUGACAGAAACUGACAAUAUACAAACAGAAAUCCGCAAGAAGACAACAAAGAACAGGCGUCUUGAGCGUCUUUUCAGCCAGGAUGCCUUAGCUACACCCAAUGACAGGAGGAAGUCAUGGGGCGGUGCUGAUACCACUAUCGGUGUGGAACGUGGACAGGCACGUAGAGCUCCUUUUAGGCAUGCAUUGACCCUUGAUCUUGGCAGCACUGGCCAUCUUGAUUCUGGGGAUCCUUCUUCUGCCAUGGAAUUCUCUCAUCCAUCAAGUCCUCCACUAGAUUCCUUAUUUGAGGAAGAUGAGGAGGCUGAAUCCAAACCCAUGAUGGGCCCAGAGGGGAACAAGUUGUCCAGAGGUUCG